UCAGCUGCACACAGAUCUGUCAACAUGUCUUCCAACUGCUGCUAUGGAAACUUCUUCUCCUGCUCCCUUGGGAGACCCCUGCACUACCUAAGUUCCUCCUGUAACUCGUCCUACCCCAGUAACCUGGUCUACAGCACUGACAUCUGCUCUCCAAGAACCUGUCAGUUGGGGACCUCUCUCUACAGUGGCUGUCAGGAGAACUCCUGUGAGCCCAACAGCUGCCAAACAUCCCAAAGCCCCUAUCAGACAUCCUGCUACCGUCCCAGGACCUCCAUUCUCUGCAGUCCCUGCCAGACGACUUACACUGGGCCCCUGGGUUUUGGCUCCAGAAGUAGCUGCUCCCUGAGUUAUGGAUCAAAAAGCUGCUAUCCACUGGGCUGUGGAUCCAGUUGCAUCAGACCCCUAGGUUAUGGAAUCCAUGGCUACCCUUCCCUUGGCUAUGGAUACAGAUUCUGCCGCCCAACCUACUUGACUUCAAGAACCUGCCAGACUUCUUUGUACAGACCUCUCUGUGGAUCUGGCUUGUACUGA